AUGCGUGCUUUGGGGAGGACUCCUGCUUUGACCUUGUUGAUUUCUAUCCAUAUUUUGAUGUCUGUUACCACUACAGUGUCUGUACAGAUGGGUACAAAUGCUCUUCUCUGCUGCCCUUCUAUUCCACUGACAAAAGCAGUAUUAAUAAUAUGGUUAAUAAGACCCAAGGGCCAGCUUUCCUGCAUAAUGUACUACAUAGUAGAAAUAAGGGAGACCGAUGAAACCAACUGUAGGAACAAGAGCAUCGACUGGACCUUCACACCUGACCACAGUUCUGACCUCCAGAUCAGUGCAGUGGCCCUCCAGCAUGAAGGGAAUUACUCAUGUGAAAUAACAACACCUCAAGGGAAUUUCCUAAAAGGCUAUGACCUCCAAGUGCUGGUGCCCCCUGAAGUAACCCACUUUCCAGGGAAAAAUAGAACUGCAGUUUGUGAGGCAAUUGCAGGCAAGCCUGCUGCACAGAUCUCUUGGACUCCAGAUGGGGAUUGUGUCACUGAGAAUGAAUCACACAGCAAUGGCACUGUGACUGUCAGGAGCACAUGCCACUGGGAGCAGAACAAUGUGUCUGCUGUGUCCUGCUGGGUCUCUCAUUUGACUGGUAACCAGACUCUGUUCAUAGAACUGAAUCAAGGUACCAUCAGCACUGCAGCUUCCUUGCUUACCAUUCUGUAUGUGAAAAUGGCCCUUUUGGGGAUUAUUCUUCUCAUCGUAGGAUUUACUUUCUUCCAGAAGAGACAUUACACUAGGUAG